CUUUAUACCGCUGCUUUUUCGAAGCAUGUUUCUAUUCCACUGCCUUUUAAGUCUUCGUAUCAAAUAGAUUUUUUGGGUUCCUGAUCCGUUCUCCUAUGAAGUAUGAAUAGCUGAAAGAAUUAUCCAUCCAAAUAUUGGACAGCAUCCCGAACGCAACCUUUGCCCUUGCGAUAUUUACGACUGUUGAGGUCUUGUUCGGUUACGCCUUCGAUAAAAACAAUACUCCCAAAAUAGCUAAUGGCACUGAACGUAUUAAAAACUUAUGAACCUAAAGUACUUGAAGCGCAUUUGAUAUUAUAGUUGUCACAAAAAGGUUUGUGUAUUAGAUUAAAGUUGGUUCAUGCAUUUGCUUAUCAUGGGAAUCGAAACUUGCAAUGAAAACAAAUUUUUGUAAAGUGAAAGUUUGGUUUUCAUAUAAAUAAAUAAUUCUCUUAUGCUGUUUUUAAGUACGAGGUAAAAGUAAUCCGGAUGUUAAAUUAUCUUUUUUCGCAUCUAUCUUCUACUGGAAAAUUGCUUUUUCAAGUAAUGUGAGCCAAAUUUGCAGGAUUAACUUGAGUUAACCCAGACUGAAAAACUGGCCCUUACAGAGCUUUUCUAGAGCUGACAAUUGGUUUUUCUGUGAAUUCAGUGAGAAUAUAUUCAAAGGAAUUUUAGUGACUGAUUUCAGACAUCCGAUUUCGGAUUUUGUUGUAGAUUACAUUCCAGUACUAGCUAUAAAAAAGAGAAUGGUAACAAAUCGAUAUCCAUACCCAUGAAAUGUAACUUAAUGGCAACACUGUCUUAUAUUCAUCCCAUCCAUAUAAACACUGCAGUACUACACCAGCUACCACCAGACACCCCGACACAAACAAUAGAGAAACCAAUUCAUAGCCACAAGUAGUAGGAACAUAAACACUAUGUGUAGUGUAGAGAGUAAAGUGUAGAGUAUGCAGCAGGCAGCAGCAGCAACCAGCAAUAUAAUGAGACUAGAGUCGCACACUGUUCAGCUCAUACAGUGACUAGUGUAGUGAGUACAGGCACACGGAGACGGAACUAAUAUCUAUCGACGACGACGAAAUAUAUCCACUUCACUCCAACCAUUUUUUUUUUUUUUGUAUUUUGUCGUUCUCUUGUGUGUGUUCCUUGGUUGUCUGGUAGCUGUUUCAGUGUUCUGAGGCUCUGGCCAAAAACAAUCAUCACACUUCUUCUCAGUUUAGUGUGUAAAGUCGUCGUCGGCAGAGAACUAAAUCGAGUCUCCUGACUUUUGCCAAUGUGUCGUCGUAACGUAACGGACGUUGUCGGUGGUGUUUCACAUUGGCUUCCAAUCGAGGAAAUUUUUCCACAAUAAUAAUUUAUAAAUCUUUUUUUGCUUUAAGUUGCUUAUCGAAGAAAAAACCGUGCUGCGUGUAUUGAUAACACAACAAAACCGCAAACAAAAUUAUAUUCUAAUCGUUUUGCCAUAUUUUGCGCAACUUUUAGUGUUUCUUUUUUUGAUUUUGUGUUUCCUCUUUGUUGUUAUAUUUAGUGGCGUUAGUUUUGCCGCAGUCGUCGCGCAUUCUAUUUAAACAAAAAAAAAAAGAAAAGUUAAAUAGGAUUUAAUCGCACAACGUUGUUGUCUUGAUUUGAUUUGUGACUUUGUCUCUAAUUCACGAGGCCACCACCAACAACAGCAGCUAACGACCCAAAAGCCAGAACCAGCUGGUCUGGUUCUCGAUUAUAAUUGUUGUGGUCGUUGAUUACGAUUAAACAAAUUAAAAGUGAUAUUUACGUAAUAAAAUAAUGUGUGUUUUUUUGUUAAACGAUUCUAUAUAUGAGAACUUUUGACUUAAAAAAAAAAUAAUUCUCCACUCGGAUAGUGGCUGCAGCAACCUUUGUUUGUUUUUUCUUUUUUACUUUUGUUGUCUCGCAGUUCAGACUCGGGGGUAACUUUGUAUUUUUGGGGUGUAUGGUUGCUCUCCCAAGUGCCAAACAUAAAACGGAAUUUAUAUUCACUUCAUUAAAAUUGCAUUGAGGCUAAUAAAAAGCACAUCGUAGCUGGUGGAAUCACAUACAACCUGGUUCGUGGUCCCAUUUGGUAAAUAAAAACCGCGGAUAAUAUACGAUAUACGAUAAAAUAUAGGAGUGGAGAGUGUCAAUUUGAAUAAAAGUACCUACAACAAGUGCAAAAUAGGUAACAACAACCAUUUACCUUCAUUUAUCUCUUCUGUGUGUUCCUCGCUCUCUCUUGUUCUCUCUCUGUGUUAUAAGUGUCGAGUGUCGUCGAUUGUCGACUGUUUGAGUUGAGUGUUGUUUGGAAAUUACCUUUUUUAUUCAAAAAAAUACAACAAAAAAAAAAAUAAAAUAAAUAAAACCGUCAUUUGUAGUCGGUCGUCCUCGUCGUCGGCUGACGUUGUUGCCUUUUCGCCUUAAAUUUAUCAUCUGUGUGUAGAAUUAUUUAUUUAAACAACAACUAACAAAAAGUUACCAUUCAGAGAGGGAGAGAGCAAUCAAACAAAAUAAAUAAAAAAAAUAACAAAAUAACAAUCAACCUCUCUGAGUAAAGAAUUUUGAAAAAAAGAAGAUUUUAAAAUGCAAAAAGUGACUCCAAGCCUCCAUACCGAAUGAUAUCGCAUCGCAAUUCACAUCACACAACAAAAUCUAUCCAUCCAUCGACUCUUCAAUGUGCUGAUGUCGUCGUUGUCUUGGUCGUCCGACGGUCGUUCGGUUUGGUGAUUUGUUCAGUAUUCUUGAUUUCUUUUUGAAAAAAGCAUUUAAAUGUCAUUUUGGAUUUUUUUUUUUCUAAAUUGACGUUUUGGAAUUCUCUUGUGUAUUGUUGAUACCUCAAUUAAACCACAAACAAGAAACUAAGAAAAACAACAAUCAAUGUGUAUGUGUACUUCAACUAUCUUCUUGGAAACAUUAAACCUAAAAAUAUUAAAUAAACUAUAACUAUAAGUGUUUAACAAAAAAAAAGCAACCUAGAGUGUGUGUAUAUAUAUAAUGUCAUCAUCUUUGCAACAACAUCAAAAGAGACCUAGCGUCUCGAACUGGUUUUCAUCGUUACGCCGUCAACCAAAGAACAACAAGAACAAGUCCAUCCAAGCCGACAAGAAAUUCCAAAGAAGUUGCAUUGACCUCUCAUCACAAAGCACCUUUUACAUAGACCCAUCAUCAGCGGGAGGAGAUGGUGGUGGUAAUGUGGUAAGCUCUCUGGCGUCCAUCACCACCAAUCCACCAUCACCAUCACAACUACUGCCUCUUACAGCAUCACCGUUGUCUGCUUCCACUGCAACAACCAUCACUGCUGCCAAUUCUAGCGAUAAUCUUACAGCCGCUACCGCCGCCGACGAUGACGACGAUGAUAGACGAGGCCUUGUUAGUGGCAAAAGAGUUAGUCAAUUUUGUUCGCAAUGCUGCUGCCACCUGCAACCGAAGAAACAUCAUCCAACGCCACCAACUUCGCCUUUGCCACCGCACCACAAGUCGCCAUCAUCAUCGUUGUCGUCGUCCUCCUCCUAUUACCGACGUGAUCUGAGCCUUCAAUAUGAGACCGAGUCUGACGAGAAGAGUGAUAUUCGAAUAAUGCGUUACGCGAGCUUGCCGGAUGGCAAAAAGUCUAUGUACACUAAACGGUCCGAGUUCAAACGCACCACAACUACAAAGACAACACAUACUUCCAUUAUAUCAAGACCAGUGGAGCUAUUACUCAACGAUCGGGGCGAGAUUGUGUCGAGGAUCGAUAAGCAACAGCGCUCAAAUAGCCUUGGAUGUGUUUUAGAUGAGAGCGAUGACAGUUCUUAUUCGCCAACAAUCUUGAGUUCUUCAAAUGUUCUGGGUGGUUGUUAUGGCGAUUUCAAAUACAUUGAUGAUAGUUCGACUUCGCAUAGUGAGAUAAAUGUUAAAGACAUUCAACAACAGCAGCCAACAGUGCCGUGCAGUAAUAAUAAUAAUAACAACAAUAAUAACAACAGCAUGGAUAUGUGUGAAAAUUGCAAAAAUGUCAUCCAGCAGAAUAAGAAUAAUUGGAAGAAUUCAUCUUUAAAGAGUAAAAAGCAAAUCAAAGAUGAACUGUGUGAAGUAGUAUCGGAAAUGGAGGCGCUAGAUGUGCCCGAAGAUUGCAAACAUUCCAACAAAGAUAAACAAAUGUCGAUAGGCCGUAAAAAGUUCAAUAUGGAUCCGAAAAAAGGUAUUGAAUAUUUGGUGGAAAACAGACUGUUGCGAAUGGAUCCUCAAGAUAUCGCACAUUUUCUAUAUAAAGGCGAGGGACUAAAUAAAACUGCGAUAGGUGACUAUCUUGGCGAAAAGAACGAUCUCAAUGAAGAUGUGCUCAAGGCAUUCGUUGCCCUUCAUGACUUUACAAAUCUCAUCCUAGUUCAAGCAUUAAGACAAUUUCUGUGGUCCUUUCGAUUGCCUGGUGAAGCGCAAAAAAUCGACAGAAUGAUGGAGUGCUUUGCCCAGCGAUAUUGUCAGCUAAAUCCUGACAUCUUUACUAACACAGAUACCUGUUAUGUACUCAGCUUUGCAAUUAUAAUGCUCAACACAUCCCUACACAAUCCAUCGGUAAAGGAUAAACCAACCGUGGAGCAAUUCAUUUCAAUGAAUCGUGGUAUAAAUAACGGUGGUGAUCUUCCUCGUGGACUACUAGAAUCUUUAUAUGAAUCUAUUCGAACUGAGCCAUUUAAAAUACCCCAGGACGAUGGCAAUGAUUUGAUGCAUACGUUCUUUAAUCCAGACAAAGAGGGAUGGCUAUGGAAACAAGGUGGCAGGUACAAAUCCUGGAAGAGGCGAUGGUUCAUAUUGAACGAUAAUUGUUUGUAUUAUUUUGAGUACACAACCGAUAAAGAACCAAGGGGUAUUAUUCCAUUGGAAAAUAUUUGUGUGAGAGAAAUUCAUGACAGAAGUAAACCCCAUUGCUUUGAACUGUUUGCAACAGGAGGAGCUGAUAUUAUUAAGGCAUGCAAGACUGACUCAGAAGGAAAAGUUGUUGAAGGCAAACAUACUGUUUAUCGAAUGUCCGCAGCAACAGAAGAAGAUCAACAAGAAUGGAUAAAACGUCUAACACAGUCAAUAAGUCAUAAUCCAUUUUAUGAUAUUCUAGUACAAAGAAAGAAAAAGGCACUGAGCAAUAGUUAGUAUUAAAUCUAGAUUAACAAACUAAAAAAAAAAACAACAACAAAACAAACAAAAA